AGAGAAAAUUUUAAACAUUUUAAUUAUUUAGUUGAAACUAAAAGGGAACACUUGAAGUUUCUAAUAAUGAAACUUUUUUCAGAAAAAUGCAGAGAAGAAAUUUCUUUUUACAAUUUCUUUUUAUAUCCUUUCUUCAAUCUGCCACACCCUUUCCAGCACCCCGGGGGGUGGCUGAGGAACGCCCCCUUGAAAGGGCGGCACAAUCAAGGACCCCCGGUCUCAUAGAGGAUUUUCAAAAUUUAGGAAAUAAUAUUUUUGGUUUGUUUUCUCAGGGUCUGGGUAGACCUAGGAGACCAAACCCUUUCAAUCAGUUUAAUCAAAACCAAAUCCAAUCAAAGCCACCUCCCAGAUUUCCUGCUCCAUCUCCAUCACGAUUUCCUGUUCAACCACCAUCAAGAGUACCUGUUCAACCACCACCAUCUAGGGUUCCUGUUCAGAGUUCUUCAUUUCCACAGGCCAUUCAUGAAAUUUCUGCUCCUGCUCAAAAACCAUUUCCUGUUUCAACCCCGGUUCAAAAUCUAAUUCCUGUUCAGACUUCAUUUGUUCAAGACCCAGGGUUCCAUGUACCCACUGCAGUUCAGCAGUUUGGUGCUCCUGCAUUUAUAGAUGCACACGAGACCUUCACAUCUAGAUCUAAACCUACACAUCUAGAUCUAGACCUAUACACCUAA